UAUAAGUAUCUCUGAUAUCAGGUUUGUAAAAUCAAAAACAAAACUAAAACCGGUCCUCACGGUUCACGUGCUUAAGCUGUAAAUAUAGCUCUUCAGUCUUCACUAACUACAUAUCUCCAGUUGUUUUCAUCUUAAGAGAAACACUCGAGCUACCAAACCCUUUUCAUCUCCAUCAGAAAGUUCUAUUUACAAGCUCAAGUUUUUCUUAUAUAUCUAGCUAUAUAUUGCUAACACAUAUACACCCUCGUAGAAUAUAUAUACAUCGUGAUCACGAAAUCUUAAACUUGGUAUUUUACUUGCCUUUAAAGCCUUCCUCGGCUAUCUUCCUUCACACCCUCGUUAAGAGACUUGACUUUAAUACUUCUCUUUUUGUUUCUUUCUACUUUUCUCUCUUUUCUUUCGAUCCUCUGAGAGCAUGCCUGAAUGUCAAGAGAAAGGGAGAGAUUUGAAGAGAUAGGGAAAAAGAUCAAAAUAGACGCAGAUGCUUGGCCUCAUCAGAUGGCAGGAAUCAGAAGACCAAUGUCGGGUCCUCAUGGGACUCUCAACACCAUUACUCCUUGUGCAGCUUGCAAGCUUUUGCGCCGUAGAUGCGCUCAAGAAUGUCCAUUUUCGCCGUACUUCUCCCCACAUGAGCCUCAUAGGUUCGCAUCUGUCCACAAAGUCUUUGGAGCUAGCAACGUCUCCAAGAUGCUAAUGGAAGUACCAGAAAGCCAGAGAGCAGACGCGGCUAAUAGUCUCGUGUAUGAAGCAAACGUGAGGCUAAGAGAUCCAGUAUACGGAUGCAUGGGAGCCAUCUCUGCUCUACAACACCAAAUUCAAGCUUUACAAGCUGAGCUCACGGCCGUACGAUCCGAAAUUCUCAAGUUCAACCAACGAGAAGCUGUCGCCGCUUUGAUCGUACCUUCCAACUCCCAAGUCGCCGGUUUUCAUAACUCUAGCGGCGUCUCCGUCAUUGCACCACAACCACAAACACCGUCAACUCCGCCGCAACCUACGGCGGCUGAUCAUCCGCCUCCUCCAUCUUCUUGUGUUUUCUCUCAACCAACCACAAGACCAUUAGAAUACGGCGACAUUGAAAGUGAGAACAACUCCUACUUCGGUUAAAAUUUAUUUAAAUUAUUCUACAGACGCAUACGCAUACACAUACAUAUUAUAUAUUUUGAUGAUUUGUGGCUGGCGGAUUAAUUAAAUUAAAUAAAUAUAAGGGAGGAAGGUUGAUGAUAAAAAGCCUGCAUUAAUCGAUUAAAUAUACUAUUCAGAUUUUAGUAUUUUAGAUAACAGAUAAUCAUAUGAGAUUUAAGCUAUAAAAAGUGGAAGUCAACCAAAAGAGUAGAAGUCUAUUUAUUUGUUUUCUUACAAGGUGUUUCGACCACAUAUGCCGACGCAACUAUUUUUACACAUAUUUAUCACUAUAUGCGUAGUGAAUAUAUAUAAAACUUUAUUUUAGAAAAAAUGAACGAUAGAAAAUAAUUUUUCUGGAUAUUAACACAAUACAUAAUAUUUUGUAGAUAAUGAUAUUGAUUAAUAUUUAUAUAGUUUAUCCUUUUGAAUAUAUUAUAUUAAUUUUUGUUAAUUAUAUAAUAGAUUAUAUAUAACCAAAAAUUAAUAUAAUAAAUUCAAAAGAAUAAACUAUUUAUUAAAGAUGACAACGUCUUUAGCUGCUCUAUCUUUUAAUGGCUGCUCUAUCUUUUAAUGUGAGGAUUGAACUACACAUAUGUGCAUUUUAAUUUAGCUAGGGUAUCUUAAAUUCAAUUAAUGAGUCAUGCAUAUUUAACCAAUUUUCUUUCUUUUAUUUUUGUUACUCUAGAAUUCAAGCAAUAAAAUAUUCCUUUCAUUUCGAAUUGAUCCAUGCUUAGAAAAUAAAUAUAUUUCAAAAAAUGUAAUUUAAAUAAAAAAUAUUAGACAAUAAUGGUAAAUUGUAAAUUGCAGAGAAAUUAAUUUGUUUAUUAAAUUUUGAUAGAUUAAAAGUUAAAAACCCAUUAAUCAUUGAAAUCAUAUAUUUAAGAUUAAAAUUUAAUACUUUUUAAUAUGUGUGAAAUGUAAAACAUAAUGUUUUACAAAACCGAGUGAAUAUUAAUUAAUUCUAGAAAAGGCUACUUGCACCAAAUUUUGUGUGAUGGCUGGCUUUGGAUCUGCACAAUACGUUACAUACUGUUUAUUGGUUGGGUGAAGUGUCAGCUGUAUGAUAAUUAUUACUAACUCAUUUAAUUUAAUUUAGGUUUAUACUAUAAUUUUAUUUUCGUGGUUUCCUUAGCGUAUCGAAUUAUUCAACAAAAGAAGGAAUUAAUUAGUCCAUCUUAUUGCUGACCAGAUUUAUGCAAAAACACUGUUGGGUGUUAAUGUGGUUUGUUCAAAAGUUGCAAAAUAAAAAUUCGUUUCAGAGAUUUGACAAAAAAAAAACAUAUAGUUGCCGAAUUAUCAACAUAUUUAUGCAAGACAUGUAUCAUUGGAAUUCAAACGCAUACGAUACAUGUUAGUAUAUUAUUGAAAACAGAAAAGGUCGGACUCAGAAGCCAGACAAGAAAAUUCAAUCGCCUAAACCUUCGUCGUAAUUUUGAAGACCAUUGACUAGAGCUUUUGUGGUUAGAAAGCUUUCAAAGAUAAAAUCCUUAUAGGAUGUAAUGUUAUGUACGUUUGGUCCAGUGUCACGAUUGCUUCAUACUAUGUCACUUAACUUUCCACUGUCCAAAGGGAACAUACUAUUCCACUUGGUACGAUUCCAUUCGUGUGAAUCUUAAUACUACGAGGGAAAAUAAGAUUAACCUAUAUUUAAUUGUUAAGAGUUUCUACGUUAACUUUACUUGA